ACGAAGAGUAAAGUCUUGGGAUUCUCUCUUUCUUCGCACAUUCUCCUUCUUCAGCUGCUUCGCUUAUAUAAUCUCUGCCCAUCCGUUCAUCUUAUAUUAUACGUGAUUGGUUAUAAACUAAGCUGUGUUGAAACACAUUUAUUUUGCUUGCCCUUCCCUCCCGCCCGUGUGAGAAGUUUGGACCCGGGAAAAUGAAGAAAAUUGUGUUGAAGGUGGACUUGCACGAUGACAGACAAAAAAAGAAGGCCCUGAAAGCAGUUUCCAGCCUUAUAGGCAUUGAUUCAAUUGAUAUGAAGAUGGAGGAUAAAAAAUUGACAGUCACUGGCACGGUAGACCCUGUGGAUGUUGUGGGGAAGCUGAGCAAAUUUUGGCACACAGAGAUUCUGACCGUCGGGCCUGCAAAAGAGGAGAAGAAAGAUGAGAAGAAGGCUGACGCUAUUAUCACUCCGGCUCCUCCCAUGCUCACAUACUAUUAUCCGCUCCCUGCUGUAGAAGAGUAUCCAAAUAGCCCAUGUGUCAUAUGCUGAUUGGGGAGGCCUGCGGAAACAACUGGAAAAUUGAAUACUUUGUUGUAAAAUUGAAAUCUGUCUGUAAAACCCAAUGCAGAAAACCAUGAGCAGGGGGCCCUCUUGUGUUUAAUUCAUAUCAAUUAUGUAUUAUGCAGGUUAGCACUUGCAAUUGAAGUUUAAUGUUGAGAGAACUAGAGGAAGUGGGUUAUGGAGUACAGAGAAAAUGAAUAAAAUAAGUUUUGGAAUUAAA